CAAACCAAGAUGGCGGCCGUCGUAGAGAGAAUCGAUGGAUGUGUUGGGUCUCUGGACACGGACUCGGUGUCACCGAGACUGUCCACUCCUCCGCCGGACCAGCCGCAUCAGAACAACCCACUUUUAGGACUUCCAAUCGUGGCAAUUGAGACGAUUCUCAAUUUUUUGUCUUACGACGAAAUCAGCCUGCUCCGCUCGGUAUGCAAGCGCAUGGACAUGAUCUGCCAGCGUAUCCUGAACCAGGGCUUCCUGAGGGUGGAGCGCUACCACAGCCUGUGUCAGAGGCAAGUCAAAGCUCAGCUGCCCAGGCGAGAGUCAGAGAGAAGAAACCAUUCACUGGCUCGUCAUGCUGAUAUCCUGGCCGCCGUGGAGACCCGCCUCUCCCUGCUCAACAUGACCUUCAUGAAAUAUGUCGACUCCAAUCUCUGCUGCUUCAUCCCUGGAAAGGUGAUAGACGAGAUUUACCGUGUGCUACGCUAUGUUAACUCCACUCGUGCCCCCCAGCGAGCUCAUGAGGUUCUCCAGGAAUUGAGGGACAUCUCUUCCAUGGCUAUGGAAUACUUUGAUGAGAAAAUUGUCCCCAUCCUGAAGAAAAGGCUGCCUGGGGCUGACCUGUCUGGCCGCCUCAUUGGCUCUGCCCCAGGUAAUGGACGAGUUUGCACAGUGGCAGGCCCAUCUACCUCCCUGACCACUAUGUCAUUGCUGGCCAAGAACACGCCGUCACGUUCUGAGAUGACAAAGGUGCAGCAGCAGGUGAAGGUGAACGGGGCGUCCAUGACCGCUCUUCGGCGAGAAAUGCAGGAAGUGCGUGUCAAACAGCUGGAGCAGCAGAAGCAGUUGCAGGACCAGGAGCAGAAGCUGCUGGAGCAAACACAGGUGAUCGGUGAGCAGAACGCCCGCCUUGCCGAGCUGGAACACAAGCUCCGCGAACUGAUGGACAGUAGUGCCGCCACUGUGGGGGGGUCCAGGCCCAGCACAGCUGUUCCCUCCACAUCCACCAAUACCGCUGUUGUGUCUUCCGCCGUCGCCAGCCCAUCCACUACGGCACUGGCACCCGGCAAUGUCGCCACGACUGCAGCCUCCCUAGCUAGAGAGCCGGAGAGUGAGGGUAGUUCUUCGCUCAAACGCACUAGGAAGAGCUCAGACCUCCCGCGGCAGUCCAAACGCCUGCGCAGCAAGAAAUAAGGGGACGCUACAUGUGUCAUUUAGGUUGUUUUUGCUUUUGAGGUCUUGAUCAAUCACACCCAAUUCCUCAAUCCCCUGCCCUCCACCCCCACCCCCGAAACACUCAUGUCCUGUACUGUCUUGUGAGAUGAGUCAGGAGUCUCUGUAUGCUUUUACAGUGUUUUAUGUCCCUCCCACAUGCCAUUUCUCUAGAAUGCAUACGAUAACCACCUCUUGUGGGCUUUGGGCUUGCAUUGCCGACAAUAGUGUUUAAUUACUUGCUGCUGUCCACAGCUAAACCACUGAGCCCAGCCAAUCACCAAGAUUUUGCACAGCAUUAAGUAACAGGGUUAGCCUUGCUUUUUCACUCACUGCUAAAUUAAGGGGGGUGUAAGCCACUCAAUGUAAUAGCAGUUUCAGUUGCUCAAGCAUCAAACUAUAGGCAAGCACUAGACCAUUUGCAGCUAAGAAAACUGAUUAUGAAGGUAAAAUUACAGUACAGAUUUCUAACAGGGAACUUUUUUUUCCAAGGAGUUUAUGUGUUUCCAGAUUGAAAAAUUUGGCAGCACAAGAAAGAAGUUACGGAGCGUAAUCUGUGAAAAAAAUUUAAAAAACAAAACAAAGCAAAACUGAAUGUCAAGGCAAUGCGAUUCUUCUCCAGUUGUCCUGCAAGAAUGAAUUCUAUAAAUAUACAAUAUGAAGCGUAUCACUGUAGAACUCUGCAAUAUCAAGUCAUGAUAGUAAAUGAAGACUGGCUCAUUGAUAGGUAUGUAAGUCAGAAUAGCUCCCAUUUACCUUCAGAGGAAGUUGCAUUCCCAACCCAUUUUCAGUUUGAUACUUCUGGUCACCACAGUGACCCCACUCCUUCACUCUGUGAGGACGCCCAUGCCAUAUGGGUAGGAACUUGAUGUUGAGAAUGAUUCAGUCUACAAGCAUUCAGUCAUUCUUGCUCUUCCCAACUUUAAUCUAGUGCAAUAUAAUAUCUAAAAUAUUGCAAAUCUCCAAAUUUAUUAUUAUUUUAGACUGGUCAGUUGUCCUCUGUCCAAAACUGAAGUCCAGAUCAGUUCAGUUAGAUCUGGUCAGUUCUUUAAUCAUGUGAAAAGGAUGGAAUCUCAAGAGAAGGGAACAUAUAGUGUUCAGAUAAUUCUGGCCAAAGAACACUGAUUUUAAACUGCUCUCCAUUGUUCUGUAAAAUGACAGAAGCCUUUUGGCACUUCCCUUUUCUGCUUAGCAGAGGGCCUAACAUGGAGAUCAGUAAUCUUUGUGAAGGGAUAUUCCUUUCAACCCACUGAACCAUUCAGAGAAAUUCUCCUGAUGCCCUUGUUAAUUAAGAAUGCAGCAGCGGUAAGGGAACCCACAGCUCCACUAUCUGCAGAGAGUAAUCGUUUCUUGCAAACCUAAAUCUCCUUAUAGGUGUGGUGCCCAUGAAGACGCUGUCACUCCGCAUUACUAGGUAGUUUGUUCAUGUGUUGAUCAGAAGAAUCUGUCAGUCAAGCACGUGGUUCACGGUUAUGUUGUUAAUGGUUAGUUUUUACAUGAAGGCAACAGAAGCUAUCUGCUGUGCUAGGGAGGUCACGGAAACUUUAUAUGAUCCAAGUAUAAUUGGCCACCAGUGGCGAAAAACCUUUGAGAUCUGUCCGUCAAGUUCAAAGUAGAAAUUGUGUAAACUACAAAGUAUAUUGGUAUUAUAGCGGUGUUUGUCUUUUUUUUUUUUUUUUUUUAGCUUAAAUUGUGGCCCGUCCUUGAAAUUCAAGUCUGAGAUCACCCACUUGUAGUUUAAGGAACCUUACAGGUAGAACUUUUGACUGGUUUGCAGUGACAGUAAAGGUGUACUGAAUUCUGUUUUAGGGGCUGUUCUCGUAAUGAAGUGGGCGAAUGGGACAGAGUAAAAUGAACCACACAGUUGUUUCCCCACUCGUUCUUUAAAAUGCAUCCAUUCAGUUCCCUUGCAAAGCAGCACCAUUCCCUUCUCCUGCACAUACUUCUCUCUUGCCUUUUGAGGUUAGCUGGUGAGCCCAUAUUGUGGCUGGAAUUAUUUUCUUUGUUUUAAGCUUUUAUUUUGUUUGGAUGACCUCAACCACUCAUGGCAUGAACUUUUCGUAAAGAAACCUUGGAAAUGCAGUUCACUUCUUGGUGAACACAAGCGUGUAUUAUAAACACACUGGGCAGCAAACACAAGAAUAUGUACUCUAGUGGCUUAAUUUGAGACUGCGUCUCAGUUUAGAAAAUUGACUGUACUGUAAACUUCAUGUACUUCAAAGUGUAGAUUGUGAAUUAUUUCAUGUAUGUAUACCAAGAAAAACUAUCUUUUGAAUUGGCCAAUUUGGGGCUAAUUGUAUGGUUUGUUGCACACAUUACUGUUACAAAUGUACAAAUGAAACCUAUUAAAAUUCAAGUUAACAUAUCCAGAUGACUGUUUACACAAUUUCCAUAUUAGCUGUUUUUGUGUGAAAUGUCCAGCAUCUUAAAACAUAUUUGCUGUU